AUGCACAUAUUACUUCUUUUCUUCUUCCGAGACAACAAAAUGGCGCUUGAAGUGACGCUCAUGUCGGUGGUGGCAGCAAUCAUGGUGUGGGCGAUUCAGGUGGAAAACGGUGGUGUCCUCAAUACUGUGUUCCAGGUUGCACCAACCACGCCACAAGGAACAGUCGAGUUUGACGUGUCGAAUGACCUGCUGAAGUCAAAUGCGGAGUUCUUCUUGUCAGCGCUGCUAUUGAAGCCGAUUCCCUUGCCCGUCCUAGAGGCAAUGCCCGAGAGUCAGGGAGGUGGGGCGUCUGGAGUGGCCAACGCCCACGCCCACCCCAAC